AACCAAAAAAAGUAAAAAUGUAAACAAACGCGAAUUGAAUUAAAAUAUAGCUCCAAUUAUCAUGAACACAUUAAAUAUCGAGUUAUUACCCCAACAAAGACCGCAUGCAAAUGUUUUAAACAUUUUUGAAAACGAAAAGGCAACCUCUCAUGGAUUUGUGCCUGUCAGUGCUCCAAUGGUGCGAUACAGCAAGCUGGAGUUUAGGCGGUUAAUUCGUCAGUAUGGGGUAAAACUUGCCUUUACCCCAAUGGUUAUUGCAGAUUCUUUUAUACAUAGCCAAAAGGCGCGCGAUAAUGAAUUCACAACAUGUUUCGAAGAUAUUCCAGUUAUAUCACAGUUUGCUGCACGCGAUGCCUAUGAGUUUUCUGUUGCUUCUCAACUAAUAUACCCAUAUGUUGAUGGCGUUGAUUUGAAUUGUGGCUGUCCACAGUCAUGGGCUAUAUCUAAAGGAUAUGGUUGCGGACUUCUACGACACCCAGAAUUGGUUCGUGAUAUUAUACAAACCACUAGACGUCUUUUACCACAAAGUUUUAGUAUAUCGGUAAAACUACGUUUACUUAAUGGAGUUCCAGAGGAAUCUAUUAGAUCUACUGUUGAAUUGGCAAGACAACUGGAAAAAUGUGGGGCUACAUUUUUGACAAUCCACGGCCGAACAAUGUGGCAAAAAACAUCAGAUCCCCUUAAUAUUCCCGCUAUGGCUGAGGUAAAAAAAUCGGUUUAUAUUCCUCUUGUCGUCAAUGGCAAUAUACGUAGCUGGCAAGAUGCGCAAGAAUUGCAUGACCAAACAAAAGCUGAUGGUGUUAUGGCAGCGCGUGGAUUACUUUCAAAUCCGGCACUAUUUGAUAAUAAUACUGAAGAAAAAGAAACGCCAAUUGAAUGCGUGCAAAAAUGGUUAGAUAUCGCAACUCGCGCUGGUGAUAACAUACAUUUCCAAUGUUUUCAUCACCAUCUAACUUUUAUGUGGAGUAGCCAUAUGAAACGUAAAUUGCGUUUGGAAUUCAACAACUUUACUAAUAAGCAACAAGUGUUCGAUUUUUUUGAAGAGCGUUACGGUUUGAAGCCGCAAGAUACAACACAUAGCAAUCCCUUUGAUUAUACCAAGUGUGUUUAUCCGCCAGUGACAUAUAAUUCUACAACUAAUAAAAACAAAGUCGAGGAAUCAUUUGGUGGGCAGACAUGGAAUGAAAACUCAAAUGGAAAAUACUUUAAUGAAUUUAAGGAGGAGUUGUCGGAGACGGAAACACGAUGCGACAACCAACAUGAGGACGUUGCUCUAGAAGGAAGCUUUUUCACGGAAUUAGACUGAUUACCAUUUAAUGCGUGAAUAUUCAGGAGAAUUGACUGUGUUAAAUUAAGAGAAAUACAGAAAACAAAUUUUAAUUUAAUAAAAAUAUACAAUAUUUUUUAUAUGCGGAAAAAUUUUAAGA